CUAAGUCGUCGGAAAAUGAGAGUGAUAUAUAGUAACUAUUCUACAUAUGAUUGUGUGUAUGUAUAUGCCGUAAUAUGUCUUAUGGUAAUUCUUGCACUAACCUCCAUUCUUUGGAGUAUCACCAUACAUAUAAUCUCUGGCGAUUUUUAUCAUGGCAUACUUGGUGCGAAAUUAGCAUUUCGUGAAAGAGAUUUUCUACAAAUGGAUGAACAUUCCAAAGAGAUUUUCUACAAUGAUCUGGGUAAUUUAAUAAACGACACAUACACGGAUAAGGCUUUGCAUAAUUUAAUUGCUGAAGACGAUAUUACGCCUACGCCAAUGGAUGUUAAUGCCACAACAAAGCAGCCUAAAGUGCGCAAAACCUAUCACAUUUUCCAACUGGCACGUCCCGAUGAAGAGAAAGGUAAAGCAGAGGAGGACGAGGGGGCGCCUGAGGAAGAUAGCACAACCGCACUGCCACCAGUGAAGUUUAAUAUGACGCAUGAUCGCCAAUUUUUGGCUACGAUGAUGCUGGAUGUGCAUAAAACACGUUGGCGUCAAAGCGCCGCCGUUCAAUUCAUUUAUAGUUUUCCAUUUUUGUCGGAAAUCUUUGCAAUAAUAUGGACAGCAAUGUGCUUAAUAUUUCAGUCAGGCGUUCAAAAGUAUUGGUGAGUGCUUGUACCCUGCAGGAAAUGCAUCUAACUAUAAGCUAACUUUAUGUUGAUUAGGAAAGAGCUAAUAGCUGUAUAUUUUCUUUGACGAAAGCUAACUAUAUU